CCGCUGGUUAGGCUAGGGCGCACGGCGCAUCUAUGGCGCACGAGAAAAAAAGUUCGCCUCGGAGUCCGCCCAUGCAAAUGCCCCUUAUGUUAUAGCCCCCACACAUCUGUCUCUCCUCUAUAAUACCUUUCUGAAAUAUAAAUUCAAAUGAAGGUUUCAGACCAUCAUUAUCUCCACUGUGCCACUUUUGCCAGCUCCUGUCAAAGUGUUGAGGGAAACGUCUGUUUGACAGUGUGUCGGAAUGUAGUGAGGAUGGAGGCUCUCCCUUUCGUUUUCCACCGCACACGCUGUCUUUCGGGGCGCAUUGCGCAAUAGCAGACAGAGCUGCGGAAAGUCUACGCGUCUCGUUUUCUCACCUCCCGUACAAGCGGCGAAGGAGGGGGGCGUGUGUGAAGAGGCGAUAGGGAAAUCCAUGACUUCCGCGUUUUUCCUCCGUGUCCGAAACUCAGUACAUAGUAAAGUAUAAAAAGCCACCAUGAGCCACACAGUCGUGACAUUCACUUAAAGACGCGGACUGGUCUGUGUGACAACAAGAGGAGUAUGCUGAGGAGAUAAAACAUCUGGAGCUGUACAACUUCCAGAGCUUGCAUUUGCACUUCAAGACUUUUUGGUUUGCUUUACUUAAAAUCUGGAGAUAUUUCCCGAAGUUCAGGCAUCUAACUGUCGACUUUUGGGACAACAAAAUACAGAAAUGGAUGUUGAGUCUCUCCAGAAAAACAGCCGCCGGCGAACCCGCUGCCUGGACGUGUUUCUCGUCAUGUCCAUCAUCUUUCUGUUUGGGGCGCUGGCAGCUCUGGCUGUCGGCGGGGUGAGGGUCGUGGCCGAGCUGGAUUCCGAACUGUCCAAACUGAAGUCCAAACUGGAGCCCGAGAGUCAAUCUAAGGCAUUGAAGCAGACAGGAAACGAAUCUAGCCCAGUAUACAAGAUGGAGAACUUUGCCUUUCUGGAACCCAGCUCAAGCAGCUUACAGACCUCCACCAUGCAGUUUGAGCCAGUGUACUACGCUACUGAGAAGUCUAUAGGAAGCAAAUUUGUAUUUGACAAAGAACAGAAUUCUCUGCAGCCCCUACAGGAGGGGUCCUACUUCAUGUACAUUGAUCUCAACCUCACCUGCACCUACGACUGUGGUGCAGGCCUCCUAACCGUCCAAGUGGGCAAUCAUCUCACCUGCGAGGUGACACUUCCGAAAGCUGCAAAUUCAAAACCUGUGAGCAAGAAGUGCUGGACGGUGAGUUGGAUAAACAAGGAGAAACUGUUCACUCAGAUGACUGUAACAGACGGAGUUCAGAACUGGAGACUGGAGCUGAACAGCUCAAGACUUGGGAUGUUCCUUGUGGACUAAUGUGGACACUGUAGUGUUAGUACUGUCAUCAAGACGUAGAUCUGCCAGUGACCUGUCGGUCGUCACUAAACAACAGCAGCAGUUUGUGUUUUCUUGAAGUCCACGUGGGUGAAAAUGGGCUGUGUUACACACUGAAGGUGUAAAACAGGAUUUUAAGGUGGAAACUGAAGAGAAUUUGCCUUCAUGCCAAUGCAAACAACGUAUGGAAAAGACUAGACACUCAUCUCAUUCUGUAUAAAUAUGUAAAUAUCUUAUCUCUAUAUAAUAUAUUUAUUUGGUGAUAUGGAACUAUUUAUAUACCUAUAUUUAUGUGUUGCUAUUUUUUAAAAACAUGUUUAUUUUAAUGUAGAUAUCACUACAUUAGUGUUGAUGUGCAAUAUGCUGCGAGUUUCUUCAGCUUACGUUGUGUUAAAUGUGACUAUAUAGCUCUGUUUUCAUUUUAUAAAUGGCUGGGCUAACAAAAAUGUGUGUUUAUAACUCUGCUCCAAAACCCCAAUGAGCUCCGCAGGGACCUCAUUUAGAUCUACUAUAGUUAAGUGGAGUCAUUUCAUCUCUUCUGGCAGAUGAUGAGUGGUACUCUGCACACAAAAGAACAAAUACAAAAACAAGGUCCCAUUUUAAAAAAGAAAAAAAAAAUGCUCCUGUAAUCAAAACAUGAUCAGAAUUAACUAAAAUAUCUUUAAUAUGUGGACUCGUGAAAUGAGAAAAUGUUUUUUUUGAAAGAUAUGUAAGUCCUAUGGACAAACUACAUGAUGUUGAAUGUAUUUUAUUGUAAUCCAUAUUAAAAAUGGAUACAGUGAACACUGA